UUACAUCAGCGUUGUUAGGUGGAAUUUCCCCGGUUACGCCGCGUUUCUGCCGAUAGGAUCGGAGCGGAGGCUCAUCUCAUCUCAUCGCAGCGUCUGCUGCCUCCGACACACGGCGACACCAGUGCAGGGAAGCAUGGUAAGUGAGUAGGCGGAUAUGGAUGGAAAGGGCCCGUAUCGGAUCUAUGACCCAGGUGGGAGCGAGAGUCAGGCCAAAGACGAGGCCAGCAGCUAUCGGCAGCUCCUGGAGGAGAACAGUGUCCUGAGAGAGCGUAUGAAAGGCCUGAAGAGCCUGGGAGACCUGCUGGAGGAGUCUCAGACGGAGGCGUCUAAACUUCGGAAGCGCGUAGAGGAACUGGUCCGGGAUAACGAAGCCCUGAAGUCCUCCACCUCCAGCUUUGCCUCCAAUGUUUGUAUGGGAGCGCCUGUUCAGACGGACACGCAAGGUCAUGGGAAGCUUCUCAGUCACCCCACGUCUGCCAGAGCUGACCCCCGUGAUUGUUUGAGUGGAAAAACGGUUCAGCCAGAAGCCACUGAGCCCUCUUCGCAUUUCGAACUGGUGAACAUGGAGGACAAGACCAUCACAGAAACUCAAACGGCUGCAGUCUUGCCCUUGCCGCAGGAAAAUACGGAGCUGGCUAGUCAGCUGCAGCGUCUGGAGAGUUCCUUCAGCGUGUUUGCGGAGGAGUCCAACCCCAACCAGCUCCUGGCACACCUGGGCCGCAUGGCUGUGGAGUUCCACCACCUGUCCUCCAAAGUGCAGAAGAACGAGCAGAGAACUUCACUGCUGCAGACACUUUGUGAACAGCUAAGACAAGAAAACAACGAACUUCGGAAAAAAAUGGAGGAGGACCUUCAGUAUCGAAAUCGUGACUUGGAACAGCUGAGGCAGGAGAAUCUGAAGCUAAGGGAGCAGGUGAAUGGAAGGACGGAGGCAGUCCAGAGUGAGUCGCCUGACCUCAAAGACGAGGCGGCCAAAGAGGAAGCUGUGAAAGCCAAGCUGGAGGUGGCCAUGACUCAGCAGGCUGGUAAAGCAGCAGAGAAAACCCCAUCCAAGACCCUGGACCCAGAGGUGUAUGAGAAGAAGAUCAGGCUGCUGGAGAAGCAGAGGAGAGACGUGCUGGAGGUGAACAAACAGUGGGACAUUCAGUGGAACUCCAUGAAGGCACAGUUUGAGCAGAAGAUCACAGAUCUGCGGCAGCGGCUGGCGGACUCCCAGAAGGCCGUUUUGGAGCUUGAGGCGGAGAGGGAGCAGAGACAGAGGGACUAUGACAAGAAGCUCCUGCUGGCCAAAUCCAAAAUCGACAAUGUGCAGGGUGAAAAGGAGUGUUUGACGUCAGAGACGUGUGAACUGAAGCAGAAGGUUCGGUACCUGCAGGAUCAGCUGGUUCCUCUCACUAAGCAGAGAGAGUACCAGGAGAAGGAGAUCCAGCGCCUUAACAGGGCUUUGGAGGAGGCGCUGAAUCUGCAAUCUCCCUCGGCUCAGUCCGGGAUGAAUCUGGGAGAAGGAGUUCUAAACCUGCGCCAGCAGGAGCUACACACACAGAUCGCUGUGCUCAAAGAGCAGGUGAAAAUCUUCGAGGAGGAUUUCCGAAAGGAGCGCAGUGACAGGGAGCGAAUGAACGAGGAGAAAGAAGAUCUGAGGCGGCAAGUGGAGAGGUUACAGGGACAGAUGACCAAUCUGACCAAUCAGCUCCACCAGGCGCAGAAUGAGUGUCAGAGAGAGAGAGCAGAGCGCUGUAAACUGGAGAGACUGCAGAUGCAGCACAAUAAGCAGGAGGGGCAGCCAGAGAGAAGGACCUCUGACCCCACCUCGGGCUCUGCUAACGGCCCGCUGAGCCCACCCUACUGUGGCCCGUUCGUGCAGGUGGGUCACCAGGGCCUGGAGGGCUGGCCCAUCCACUUCCCACCUAGGAUGCCCACCCUGAGCACGGCACCCGGCAGAGACUUCCAGCCGGUCAACCCGGGUUUUCCUUGGCAGUCAUCAUUCCCUCCGCCACGAGGUUCCAGAGGACAGGCAGACCCAGCAAGAGCCCCUCCAGAGAACGCAGAAGCAGGAGCAGCCGUCUAUCAAAAGCGCGAACGCCAGACUGCGGAUCCUGGAAAGCACUAACAGCUUCAACCCCUCUCCACUGGCACUCAGCUAGUCGCAUGAUGCCAUUUCUCUUUCAGUUGGCAUGGUGUGAUCUCUGGCCCCUCCCAAUGUGUGUGUGUGUGUGUGUGUGUGUGUGCGUGUGUGUGCGUGCAUACAUACACACAUAUAUAUAUAUAUAUAUAUAUAUAUAUAUAUACACACACACACAUACAUACACACACAUAUAUAAAAUUAUAUAUCUCUCUCCAAUGAAAUGUUGUUUAUAUACUUAAGUUUUAUAAGCCUAUUUGUGAAACACUGUUCUG